GUGUCGGAAUUUGUCUACUUGUCCUGCUUCUGCAACCUGUGAAAAUGUCCCCGGAGGCUACCACUGCACCUGCAAUCAUGGGUUUGCAUCUAGUUCUGGGGAGCAACACUUCACUGAUCCAACAGUGAAAUGUGUCGUUGACAGGUGUCAGAAUUCGUCUACUUGUCCUGCUUUUGCAACCUGUGAAAAUGUUUCUGGGGGCUACCGCUGCACCUGCAAUCAUAGGUUUACAGCUACUUCUGGGGAGCAAAACUUCACUGAUCCAACAGUGAAAUGUGUCGUUGACAGGUGUCAGAAUUCGUCUACUUGUCCUGCUUUUGCAACCUGUGAAAAUGUUUCUGGGUCCUACCACUGCACUUGCAAUCACGGGUUUGCAUCUAGUUCUGGGGAGGAACACUUCACUGAUCCAACAGUGAAAUGCAUCGAAAAUCUCUUCCGCUGCCAGCCCCGGAUUCUGCAAGGAGAUGAUUUCAAAAGCCAGUGCGGCAACAUGAUGCAGCACGGAAACCAGAAAAGCAAUAGAUUUUGCACCAUCCUGAAUCAGACCUCAAAGACCCUGGAAUCUGCAUGUGGCAAUGGAAACCAGUCAGUACCGCCGAAGGAAGUCUUCACUUCUCUCGAUUCGCUUUUCAAUGCCACUGCCCAGCAGUCUACUUGGAGCAAGGAGGAGGUCGCGUGGGCAGCCACUGCCUUUGUGCAGCGUGCAGAACUGGCUGCCUUGGAAGCUGCUUGGAACGGUUCUGAGAACGAGCCGCAGACUAUCACAGCCGAGACGAUGACCAUCGCAGCCCUGCGGGUUACGGAUAACUGCAGUCGGGCUGGGAAGAUGAUCGAACUGAACGCUGAAAACGAGUUGAUGAGCAUUGACUGCACGACAGUGGUUGGCGCCAGCGAAGCAGGCUCCGGAGUCGUUGCCUUCAUCUCGUAUGCCACUCUCGAGUCCAUCCUGAACAAUAACUUUAUCGACCAGCAAAACCUGACAGGGGAGGACAACCUGGUUAGCAUUACGCUGAAUUCCAAGGUAGUGAGUGGGACCAUUGGGAAACCCGGACCCCUCCCCAAACCUUUCUACUUCACCCUGGAGCAUAAACAGAGAAAGGAAAUGGAAGACGAGAUUAUCUGUGUUUUCUGGAAGCUCACUGGCACCUGGUCUACUGAGGGCUGCACUCUUCUCCGUGCGAACAGCACUCACACCACCUGCACCUGUACGCACCUGUCCAGCUUUGCCAUCCUGAUGGCUUCACAUGCUAUCAAGGAGAGUUACCCACUGACCAUCAUCACCUACGUGGGACUGACCCUCUCCCUGCUGUGCCUCUUCCUCGCCAUCCUCACCUUCCUCCUGUGCCGCUCCAUCCGCAACGUCAGCACCUCCCUCCACCUGCAGCUCUGCCUCUGCCUCUUCCUGGCCGACCUGCUCUUCCUCACCGCAGUGAACAGCGUCACCAAUAAGGUGGCGUGUGCUGUCAUUGCUGGCCUCCUACACUACCUCUUCCUGGCCUGUUUCACCUGGAUGUUCCUGGAAGGGCUGCACCUCUUCCUCACCGUCAGGAACCUGAAGGUCGUGAAUUACACCAGCGCCAGCCGGUUCAAGAAGAGAUUCAUGUACCCGUUCGGCUACGGCUUCCCAGCCCUGGUGGUGGCUAUUUCUGCAGCGGUGAAUCACAAAGGCUACGGAACUUCCAAACACUGCUGGCUCACAAUAGAGGGAGGCUUUGUCUGGAGUUUCCUUGGACCGGUCUGCCUUAUUAUUGUGAUGAAUUUAGCAUUUUUUAUCACAACCCUCUGGCUCCUGAGAGACAAAAUCUCCUCCCUGAAUACAGAUGUCUCCACCCUCAAAAACACAAGAUUGCUGACAUUUAAAGCCAUCGCCCAGCUCUUCAUCCUGGGCUGCACUUGGAGUCUUGGUCUGUUGCAAACAAAAUCGGCAGCCACGGUCAUGGCGUAUUUAUUCACCAUCAUCAACAGCCUGCAGGGAGCCUUCAUCUUCCUGGUGCACUGUCUCCUCAAUCAGCAGGUGAGACAGGAGUACAAGAGAUGGAUCAGAAGGAUUGAAAAAACCAGAACCAAGUCUCAGACUUCCAGGGUAUCUAUGUCAGCUGUCCCCACGACCACCGGAACUGAAUGGGAAAAGUCCUCCUGAAAAAGUGGAGACUACUACUGCAUGUGGGGGAAAAUAAAGCCCAGCUCCAUUCCCAGCACCAGAAGUCCCCUUUUUUACAAAGAAGAGGAAGCUGCUUAUCUCCAAUAUCCUCGGAUAGCUGCUACUCUAUGGCUUAUCCUUGUAUGGGGGAGGGGAAGGCUGUGUUUCACGUGUUUAAUUAUUUUAGCACUUUGACUUCACCCAAGUGGUUGCAGUCUCCACCCUAAAGUCUUGAAUGAGGGCCUGAUUCUGCUCCAGUUGAAGUCAACUGGAGUUUUCCCAUUGACUUCAGUGGGAGUGGGAUUGGGAGCAGAGCGUCAAAGAAUUGGCAAAUCUAUCCAGUUAAUAAAAGGUGGAAAAAGAUUUCAUUUUGCUGUCCUUCCCCAAACCCAAAGGCUUGGCAUUUCCCAGCCUGGGAGAACUUGGGCCAGCUUCUCAUCUCAGUUUCGACUGAUACAAAUCCAGAAUUAGUCAGUGGAGUUACUCCGGAUUCACACCAUGAUAGCUGCAAGCAAAAUCUGGUUUCUUGUGCUUCUUUCUUUCUAUUGUGCUUGAUUUGCAGUCGAAAACUGUGAGGUUGGCGCACCUGUUCCUGUUCAGCAUUAAUAGCCAGGCGAGACCCUCGAUCAAUAUGGAACUGCUUAGCAUCUGCCGAGGAUUUAGCCAGUGUUGUAACGAGGCCAUGUCUUUUCUCAAAUUACUGCCAGCUGGAUGGACAUUUGUGCAGACGAACUCUGCGGGGGUGCAAAAUACAGAAACAAGCCUGCGUUAGAGAGUCAAAAUCCAGGGUUUUCUAUCAAUUGACCCAGAGUUAGUGAUUAAUUCCUUGGGGAGAAAACAACUGUGCAUAUCUCUCUAUCAGUGUUAUAGAGGGCGAACAAUUUAUGAGUUUACCCUGUAUAAGGUUUAUACAGAGUAAAAUGGAUUUAUUUGGGGUUUGGACCCCAUUGGGAACUGGGUGUCUGGGUGCUGGACACUGGAGCACUUCUUAAGCUGUUUUCAGUUAAAUCUGCAGCUUGUGGGGGAUGUGGUUCAGACCUGGGUCUGUGUUUGUAGCAGGCUAGCAUGUCUGGCGCAACAAGACAGGAUACUGAAGUCCCAAGCUGUCAGGAAAAAUGGACUCAGAGGUAGUCUGAGCACAUCAGGUGGCAGUCUCAAGGGAGUCUCUGUGACCCAAUCCGUCAUAGGGCUAUAAAGGGGUGUAGCAGA